AAAGCCGGUCUCGAACUAAGACGAGCUCAUUGUUUGUCGCCACUAGCUGGUGAUCAGUCGAUUCCCAAGCUUUGCGUGUCGUCCUAAGCAAGAUGUUAAGGAUCUUCUUGUGCGGAAUUAUCUUCCAAUACGCCCUGCUAAUCAAUGCCAGCGGCUUUUAUUCGGUUGUCGGGCCUGGCACCCUGCGGCCCAAGUCUAAGUACAAUGUAGCCGUUUCUAUUCACAAGGCAGAUGGCCCGAGUCAGAUAAAAGUCAGUCUAAAUGGUCCCUCCUACAAUGAGACCAAGCAAAUCGAGGUGCCGCCCAUGUCAUCUAUGAAUUUGGAGUUCGAGGUGCCUGAAUUGUCCUCAGGCGAUUACAAUCUAACUGCUGAAGGAAUCUCCGGUGUGGUGUUCAAGAAUUCCACAAAACUGAACUAUGCGGACAUCAAGCCAUCGACCUUUGUCCAAACUGAUAAGGCCACCUACAAGCCAGCAGAUCUCGUACAGUUCCGAAUUCUCUUUCUGGAUGAGAACACUCGUCCGGCUAAGAUUGACAGGCCCAUAUCUGUGGCAAUCACAGAUGGAGCUCAAAACAGGAUCAAACAGCUAACAGAUAUCAAGUUGACCAAAGGUGUCUACUCUGGUGAGCUCCAGUUGUCCGAGCAGCCUGUCCUGGGCACCUGGAAGAUCACGGUCAGUGUGGAUGGUGACAACAGGGAGACCAAGUCGUUUGAGGUGGACAGGUAUGUUCUACCCAAAUUCGAGGUGGUUGUCGACACAGCCAAGGAUGUGGUCAUAGGCGAUAGUGCGAUCAAGGCAACAAUUCGAGCCAAAUACACAUACGGCAAGCCAGUCAAAGGAAAGGCUACUGUAACGAUGGAGCAGGUCCAUGGAUACUUUGGGGAUACCCACGGAAACAAACAGGAGAAGACCAUCGAUGUUGAUGGAAAGGGUCAUGUGGAGUUUGAUCUUAUGGGAUUCCAAACGCUUGGCUACUCACCACCAAUGAAACUCUUCGCCGUUGUGACUGAGGAAUUGACGGGUAACAAACAGAAUGCCACCGCCACAGUUCGUCUCCAUCAGCAGCGUUACAUGAUUGAAAAUGUGGAAAAGCCAAACCAUUACCAAGCCAAAAUGUCGUUCGUCUAUCGGGUUGCUGUGAAGAACGUAGAUGGGACACCAGUCACGAGUUCCUCGAAGAUGGUGAAGAUAAGAUUUGAGAACGCUCAUCACUAUUUCCUGGGCAGUGCCCCUGGACCAAGCGUUGUUUUUGAGGCACCUGUAAACGAGAAUGGCAUUGCCACCUUUAAUGUCACCCUGCCAGAAAGCGAUACCAGAUUCUAUCGCAUUGUUGCCACUUUUGAUGGUUCAGAGAGCCACAUUGGUACCAUCUCAAGAUACGAACCAACUUUGGAUAGUUCCGAGCCGCUAAAGAUUCAGGUCAACACCAAAACGCCAAGACUGGGCGAAAGAGUUUCUUUCGAUGUCAUAUCCAAAGAAGAUAUUCCCUACUUCGUAUACACGGUUGUGUCCAGAGGUAAUAUUCUGCUGAGCGAUUACGUGGAUGUGCCGAAGGGUGUUAAGACCUAUACUGUCAAGUUCACACCUACGUUUAGUAUGGUGCCAAAGGCAACGAUCUAUAUUCAUUAUGUCCUUCACGAAGACCUCCAGUUUGAGGAGAAAACUAUAGAAUUCCAGAAAGAUUUUGAAAAUUCUAUUGAUAUCUUGGCUCCCUUGGAUGCAAAACCCAGUGAAGAGGUCAAGUUACGGGUGAAAACAGACGCCGACUCCUUUGUGGGUCUUCUGGGUGUGGAUCAGAGUGUCCUGCUGCUCAAGUCGGGCAACGAUCUAAGCCAAGACGAGAUCUUCAAUAGCCUCGACAAGUACAAGACAUCGACACCCUGGCACCGGGGCUAUGGACGUUAUCCUGGACAAGCCUCAGGAUUGGUGACCCUAACCAACGCCAACUAUCCCUACAGCACAGAGUUCCCUGAUUAUCUCGAUGAUGAACCGUUGAGCUAUGUUCUCGAAGAAAGUUUUGAUGAAAGCGGAUUAGGAAGCUUGCCUGAAGUGGCAAACAUUCAGCCUGCUAUCGGGCAUCACAUUGAACCGGUAAAGAUACGUAAGAACUUUGCCGAAGUCUGGAUAUGGCAAUCGAUUGGCCGGAGUGUGGAUGAGGAGGGCUUCACCCUGACCAAGAAGAUUCCGGAUACGAUUACUUCAUGGGUCGUUACGGGUUUCUCCCUAAACCCCACUUCUGGUAUUGCUUUGACCAAGAGCCCAAGCAAGAUUCGAGUGUUCCAGCCCUUCUUUGUGUCCACCAAUCUGCCCUAUUCCGUAAAGCGAGGUGAAGUGAUUGCUAUUCCCGUUGUGAUCUUCAACUACAUGGAGAAAACAGUCGACGCUGACAUCGUAAUGGACAAUUCUGACCAGGAGUACGAGUUUACCGAGGCCACCAAUGAGGUGUUGGAGAAGGCUAUCGAUGAGGUGCGCCGGGUUAAAAGGGUUACCAUACCGGCCAACAGUGGCAAGAGUGUUUCCUUUAUGAUCAGACCAAAGAACGUGGGAACCACAACCUUGAAAAUCACGGCCACCUCUCCCUUGGCCGGCGACACCAUCCAUCAGAAACUAAAGGUUGAGCCGGAGGGCGUAACUCAGUUUGAAAACCGAGCAGUCUUUAUCAACCUCAAGGAUCAGCCUGAGAUGUCGCAGUCCCUGGAUGCUGAGAUUCCCAGCGAAAUUGUUCCUCAGUCUGAGUUUAUCGAAUUCUCUGUGGUGGGAGAUCUCCUUGGCCCCACGCUCCAGAACCUUGACAACCUGGUGCGUAUGCCCUACGGUUGCGGAGAGCAGAAUAUGGUGAACUUUGUGCCCAACAUCCUGGUGCUGAAAUACCUGGAGGUUACUGGUCGCAAGUUGCCGGCCAUCGAGGCCAAAGCCAAAAAGUUCCUGGAGAUCGGCUAUCAGCGGGAACUGACCUACAAGCACAAUGAUGGAUCCUACAGUGCCUUUGGAAAGUCGGAUCCUUCGGGAAGCACUUGGCUUACCGCCUACGUAAUGCGCUCUUUCCAUCAGGCGAGGACCUACACCGAUGUUGAUCCGAAGGUCGUCAUUGCGGGUCUCGACUUCCUCGUAGCAAAGCAGAAAGAUAACGGCGAGUUCCCGGAGGUCGGAAAACUCUUCGAUAAUUCCAACCAGAAUGCCUUGGCUCUCACCUCGUUUGUCCUGCUGGCCUUCUUCGAGAAUGAUGAAUUCCUCCCGGGUUAUAAGAGUGCCAUUGAGAAGGCAGUUCGCUAUGUUGCCGAGGAGACUGACAAGACGGACGAUCAAUAUUCUUUGGCCAUUGCUGCCGUGGCCCUGCAACUGGCCAAGCAACCGCAGGCGGAAAAGGUACUGGCCAAGUUGGAGAGCAUGGCCCGAAAUGAAAACGAUCGUAGGUGGUGGUCUAAGACUCCUGUGACGACUGGUGAUGGGGAUCGAAUCUUCCACUGGAAGCCUCGGAGCAACGAUGUGGAGAUCACUUCCUAUGUGCUGCUCGCUCUCCUUGAAAAGAACCAGGCGGAGAAGGCCCUGCCCAUCAUAAAGUGGCUGAUCUCGCAGCGCAACAGCAACGGAGGAUUCUCCUCAACUCAGGACACGGUGAUUGGCCUGCAAGCCCUAACGAAGUUCGCCUACAAGACGGGUUCCGGCUCUGGCACCAUGGAUAUUGAGUUUGCUUCUGCAGGAGGAUCCAAGGAUACCAUCAAGGUUAAUCCCGAGAACUCCCUAGUCCUGCAGACCCACGUUCUGCCCAAGGACACUCGCAAGGUGAACUUCACAGCCAAGGGCACCGGAUCUGCAAUGGUUCAGCUCUCCUAUCGCUACAACCUGGCUGAGAAGGAGAAGAAGCCUAGCUUCAAGGUCACUCCAACGGUUAAGGACUCGCCCAACCCGCUGUUGGUGUUAGACGUUUGCGCAGAGUACGUUCCCCUGGAAGAUUCUGACAAGGACAAGGACUCUAACAUGGCUGUUAUGGAGAUCGCGCUGCCUUCUGGAUUUGUUAGCGACGGCGAUAGCUUGGAUAAAAUCGUGGCUGUUGAUCGGGUGAAGCGGGUAGAGACCAAGAACUCCGACUCUACGGUGAUCGUUUACUUCGACAGCUUGACCCCCAGAGAUGUUCGUUGCUUGCCCGUGGAAGCAUCUAGGGCUCAUGCGGUGGCCAAGCAGAAGCCGGCCUCCGUUUCCCUCUACGACUACUAUGACACGGAGCGCAAGGCCACCGAGUACUACCAGGUGAAGUCCUCCCUCUGCGACAUCUGCGAGGGUUCCGAUUGCGGAGAGGGCUGCAAGAAGGCCUAAGUUUUAUGGCCGAACGAUCGAAAUAAUAGUCUUUAACUUUGUAAUUUGUGUGAAAAAGAAAAUAAAAUAUCUAAACUAUGUACGU